AUGUCUGUCAUUCUCUGUACAGCUGGUUACGACCACACCAUCAGAUUCUGGGAGGCGCUGUCUGGAAUCUGCUCCCGCACCAUCCAACACCCAGACUCUCAGGUCAACCGACUAUGCAUCUCUCCCGAUAAACGCUUCCUCGCCGCUGCCGGCCACCAUACCGUCAAGCUAUUCGACAUCAAGUCGACGAACCCGAACCCAUUGCUCGUCUUCGAGGGCCACACGGGCAACAUCACAGGCGUUGCCUUCCACUGCGAGGGCAAGUGGAUGGUGACGAGCUCAGAAGAUGGCACAGUAAAGAUCUGGGAGACGCGCAGCGGCACGAUACAGCGCAGCUACGACCACGGCAGCCCGGCCAAUGAUGUCGUCAUACAUCCCAACCAGGGCGAGAUCAUCAGCUGCGACCGCGGAGGCAGCAUUCGCAUAUGGGAUCUGGCCGAGAACAACUGCUCGCACGAGCUGAUUCCCGAGGAUGACAUCUCUGUGAGCAGCGUCACCGUCGCCAGCGAUGGAAGCUUGCUAUGCGCCGCCAAUAACAAUGGCAAUGUCUUCGUCUGGUCCCUGAUCCAGAACUUCGACCGCACCCAACUCCUCCCCGUCACCCACUUCUCCGCCCACAAGGAGUACAUCACCCGCAUCCUCCUCUCGCCCGACGUCAAGAAGCUCGCCACGUGCAGCGCCGACCACACGGCCAAGAUCUGGGAGGUCGACAUCGACCAGGCUUCCGCCUCGGCAGUAUCGUCUGCCGCCGCGACGCAGGUACAGAAGGGUGUCAAUGGCAACGAGUACCGUGCCAACGGCCAUCUCCUCAACGGCAGCGGUAGCGGCAGCGAUCCCAUCCACCCGCCGCCGCCGCCGCUGGCCGAGCCCAAGCCCUUCCCGCUCGAGGCGACCCUGACGGGCCAUCAGCGCUGGGUAUGGGACUGCGCCUUCAGCGCCGACUCGGCCUACUUGGUCACGGCCUGCUCAGAUCACUACGCCCGUCUGUGGGAGCUGCACAGCCAGCAGAUCAUCAGGCAGUAUAACGGACACCACCGCGGUGCUGUCUGCGUGGCUCUGAACGAUUACUCGGAGGCCAGGUAA